CAAGCUGGCGGCGCUGGUGGGCGCCACCGACCCGCGGGUCACUGCGCUGUGCCUGCUGGACCCGGUGGAUAACACCGUGUAUGCGCCGCUGGCACCAGGCUUCCCCUCCGCGCUCGCCGCCCUGCGCACCCUGCCUCCCGAGCGCUCCCCUCCCCUAGCCCUGGUGGGAGGCGGGCUGGGCGGCGACUGCGCCCCCCGGCAAGCCAACUACCGCCGCUUCUUCUCGGCCUGCACGGGCGCCGCAUGGGAGGUGGGAAUCCAGGAGGCGGGGCACUUCCAGUUCCUGGACUCCCCUAACGGCCUGCAGCGCGCGCUGUGUCCCACCGGGUCGGCGGGGGAUGCGGCUGUGCGCGCGGUGGGGCAGGCGGUGAUGGUGGCUUGGGGUGAGGCGUUUGUACGGCACCGGGGUGUGGAUGUGUUUCAACUGCC